GCCGGGCAGGGGGCGGGGCCGAAGAAUGCCAGUCCGGACCCGUCGCGCCACGCCUCUCAACGCCUGGCCGAGGCGGGACGAACCUCUGUCCUAUAGCGUGGGGCUGACUCGCAGCUUCCGCCCCUUUUCGAUCUGCUUUCUAGCGGCUGGUCUCUCGCACCACGUGUCCUCCUGGCCGCUCCCUCAUCAGCCCUUUCCAACUGCCUGUUGGAAGCUGCUGUAAAAUGUCGUGAGGGACGCCCCUGCUUUACGGCUGCCUCUCCCAGACGCUAGCCCCGGAGCGCCCACCGCCGUCAGCGGUGUCUUUAAGCGAGUCUGCUCCGCCGAGAUCAAGGGAGCCGGCGCGCCACUGUGGUCUCCGCUUCGCCUGUUCCGGUCCCUGGCGAUGUGAGCUCGUGGAGGCAGCGGUGCCCCCUGGCCCGGGGUUGAGACGGGCAGCAGGUGCCUGUGAAGCGGGCGGGUGCCGGGGCCAGCAGGAUGGAGGAAAGCAUGGAAGAAGAGGAGGGGGGCAGCUACGAGGCGAUGAUGGACGACCAGAACCACAACAACUGGGAGGCCGCCGUGGACGGCUUCCGGCAGCCCCCACCACCUCCGCCGCCCCCCUCGUCGAUUGCAGCCACUGCCCGAGAGCCUCCGGGGGGGCAGCUGCUGGCGGUGCCCGCGGUCUCCGUGGACAGGAAGGGCCCCAAGGAGGGGCUCUCGAUGGGGCCGCCGCCACCGCCGGAGGCCAAUGGGGUGCUCAUGAUGUUGAAGAGCUGCGACGCGGCCGCAGCUGUGGCCAAGGCGGCCCCCGCCCCCACCGCCAGCUCCACCAUCAACAUCAACACCUCCACCUCCAAGUUCUUAAUGAAUGUUAUAACUAUUGAAGAUUAUAAGAGCACAUACUGGCCAAAAUUGGACGGUGCCAUAGAUCAACUUUUAACCCAGAGUCCUGGUGACUAUAUCCCCAUUUCCUAUGAACAGAUAUACAGUUGUGUGUAUAAAUGUGUAUGUCAGCAGCACUCGGAACAGAUGUACAGUGAUCUGAUUAAAAAGAUAACAAAUCACUUAGAGAGAGUCUCGAAGGAGCUGCAGGCCAGCCCUCCAGAUCUCUAUAUUGAAAGAUUUAAUAUAGCUCUUGGACAAUAUAUGGGAGCAUUGCAGAGCAUUGUGCCUCUUUUCAUAUAUAUGAAUAAGUUUUACAUCGAAACCAAGCUUAACAGAGACUUAAAAGAUGACCUUAUAAAGCUGUUUACGGAACAUGUUGCAGAAAAGCACAUUUACAGCCUAAUGCCUUUACUUCUAGAAGCCCAGUCAACACCAUUUCAGGUUACACCUUCAACUAUGGCAAAUAUUGUGAAAGGCCUGUAUACUCUCAGACCAGAGUGGGUUCAGAUGGCUCCAACUUUAUUUUCUAAAUUUAUUCCAAACAUUCUCCCUCCGGCCGUGGAAUCUGAACUUUCAGAAUAUGCUGCUCAAGAUCAGAAACUUCAGAGAGAACUUAUACAGAAUGGUUUUACAAGAGGUGACCAGUCCCGGAAGAGAGCUGGGGAUGAGUUGGCUUAUAACAGCUCAUCAGCAUGUGCAAGUUCCAGAGGGUACAGAUAGUGAAUGUAGUGAAAGUACUUUCCUUCCUGAAAAGAGGACACACUGGAGCUGCAGAGACUGUAUUCAGAGCACAGCGGGGGCCUGCAGACACUCAGGAGCUCUGUCACAAAGCUGUUCUUAGAAGAGGAUGUUGGACUUCUUACUUUGGUUUGUAAUUUUAAAAAACAAAAAACUAACAAAAAAAAAAACCCGAUAAAAACAGUUGCUGCUAGACUUGGGGGUGAUUUUGAAAUGGGACAAUCUUUUAAUGAGUUUAUAUAUUGAUUCUUUGAGGAAUAAGCAUCUUGGAAAGUGACCAUUGCUAAGUGAAAUUCAACAACCAAAAUCAGCAGUUUCCUCCAAAAAUACAAAGCAGAAGAAUCUUUUUUUUUUUUUUUUUUUUUGAAGCACUUGUUUUGUUCAUUGGUGUACUUGACACUUCGGCAUAUUGGUUUCACAUGUCAAGAUAUCUUUUGCUUUAAAACCAGGCAGAUCAUUACAAUACAGUAUUUUUCACCCAUAAUCAAAACAACCCCCUUUAAAAGAGUUGGUCUUUGUUUAGCAUUAGAAAGUCUUGUUAAAGGAAAAUGCUAACUCUGCUUUUGCUAGAAUGUUAUCCCCUAUCAGUUCACAACUUUUUUCUACUCUGUGCCUUGAGCUUUGUGUACUUUGCAACUGCAUAACCAUGUUGUCAAACUCACAAAUGCCUCCUGGAGAAGUUUAUGGUAUCCCAAACUAACCCACAAAGAUGGCAGGUGUGACUUUUUGCAGGAUGCUGAUUAAGUGGGAAAAUGGAAACCUGUUGCACAUUGGUCAGAUUUGCCCCUGCUUUGCCAGAGCGUGUUCAUAUUAAUGUUGGGGACCAACUCUUGUAGAGCAUUUCCAUUCUCUGUCACUUAAACACGAUUUCACCAGCUGCUGUAGGAUUGGCCGUACUCUAGUUUAGGGGUGGGUGGUACUUUAGCAUUAAAACUCCCCUUUGAACGUUGUUGAGAGGCUGCUUCCUGUGAUGCUCUAGGAAGCAGAUACAGUUAUUAAAUCCAAAUAUAAUCAGUGGUUUGGGGUUUCUGAUCCAUUUCAUUUUAAAUGAGUGAGAUAAUUACUUUUUAAAAGUCUGCAGUCUGCAUCUUUUAAACAUUGUAUUUGAGUGUGAUAGAGAAGUGGCACUGCUGUUUUAAGACUCCCUUCCAGCUGUGGCAAAGCUGUAUUUUGUUUCUCCCCACCCACACUGUUAUUUAGUUCUUCAUAAAAGUCUCUGAAGCUUAUUCUAGCUGUUUUUGAAAGACAAAAAUAGAAAGAUAUGGCAAGGGAAAAAUACUUUUUCUUCUCAUUUUGCCUGAAUCUAAAUUGAGCAUAGACUUCACUCUAUUGGGCUAUGUCAGACUAAUAGUAUUUACUUCUUCAGAGAACUUGAGGGGAAAAAAGAUAUACCAGGGACACCGUCACACUUCUGAUUUGCAGAUCUUUCAUACAGCUGCCUCUGUAUGAUGAGUCCAGUGAGUCCAGUUUGUCAUUUUGGGGUAUGGGGCAGGUGGGAGAGUUAGAAGUGCGAUACUGGGAGCAAGUCAGUCAUCUAAUAGUAGAAGUCCUUGAUUUGUAAAAUCAUGAUGCAGAGAAGUAAAAGUAAAGGUUGUCAGAUUUAUUUAUUUUUUUUAAGUACUUAUCAACCAGAGUUGGUGGAUUUUGUGGAGGACUUUAACUGGACUCAUUUAACUCCAUAAACAUCUUGGAUUGCAUUGAUGAACACCAAAUUACUGUAAGAAUUUAUACAGGCUCUCACUAUGACCUGUACAGUUUGAUUGCUACCCCAGUAACAUUUUAUUAUCACAGAAGAAUUCCAUUUUAUCAUGGUGAUCAAAUUUUACUUUUGUCAAUGGAAUGCUUGCUGCAGGUUUAUAAAUGACACCUGGAAUGGAAGUCUCUCUUGAGUGGUUUUAAUAAUUCUACAAGGAGUAAAAUUGGAACAUUUCUUUAAAUGUGGAUGAAUUCUUCAGGAUCCUAUUAAUAUACCCAGGUGCUUUUUGUGGGAGAGAACAUUCUUUUUUGGCCAAAAACAGAAGAACUUUCCCUACAAAAAGCAUUGCAUUAUGAUGUGAAUUAGCAUUAAAAUCUUCGGAUGCUUUUGCGUUAUUAAGUUAAUGGAGAAAUAUUUUAUAAUUCUUUUAAUUAUUGUGUAUACUAACAAAAGGUUAAGUAAAGUUUGCAAAAUUUAAUUUCUCUAAAUUUUUGCACAGUGACUGCAGCCAGCUAUAUGGGUCAGGGCUUGGUACUACAGAGCCAUGGUUAGAAGGCACUCUAGAAAGGUGUACACAUUCUCCCAGUGCGUGUGUCCUGCUCGUUACUCAUCUUGACUCCUGAGGUACCUUGCAGUAUGAAGAACCUAUUUCUUUUAAGUUGAAAUUAACUUUGCUUAUUUAUUGGAAUUCUUGACAAAAUUCUUAGUUUGCAGCAUGAGAGGAAACAAAAUUUUCCAUCCCUUCCCCCACCAUCUUGUAUUGACUAAACACUAUUUGCCAGAAAGUAUUUUCUUCUUAUGUUUUCUUGUAUUCAUCUUGCCAGUACAGUAUACAGUUUUUCUGCCCCAGUGAAAUCCUGGCUUUUGUACCAAACCAUUGAAGACAGAAAAUUAUACAUGUAGAUUCAUUGUCAGGUUAGUCAACACGUGCAAUUGAUUUGGCUAAACUGAGGAGUAUGUCUCUGCAGCCUGAAACUAAAAAGAAAAGUCAGUCAUCUUGAAAUAAUAACAUGUGAAAGUAAAUAGAUCAUAAUUGUUUUGAGAGAUGGUACAUAUUUUAAAGGUAGGCCUUAAGCUUCAGUAACAGUGUCAAUUUCAUGACCUUUGUUAUCACAGCUGUACCCUAACCUGACAGGAAUUACUAUUUUCUUUUCUGUGGGGCAGAAAGCAAAACCUGGUAUUGUGACUGUUAGCCUAAUAUAGUUCUUAUAAGAAGAAACACAAACCUGGAUGCACGAGUUACGCAUUGUUAAAUUUUGUAGAAAUGUUACUUUUUUUCCUGCCCCUCUUGUAAGUUUGCAGCAGUUACCUUCACUUUCCUUGAGGUCUAGGAUGAAAGCUAAUUUGUGGGUAGAUGAGACUGCAGAAGAAUGGAUGCUCAGCCCUGUACAGCUGCCACUCCCUUGCUGUAUGCCAUGCUUUCUGUUGGGUUGCAAAUUUGCACACAUGAAUAAUUCCUCAGGAAGAGUUUGCACGUGUAUCACCUUGCAAUAUUCUGUACUGACCGAAUAAGGGAUUUGAAUGUUUUUCAGAACAAAAGUGUAACUUCUAAGUGGUGGUCUGUACAUGUACUAGGCAAAGGUAAUGGUGAUGUAGCAAACAAAAUUGGUUUCUGCAGUUAUAAAGUGAGCAGGCACACUUGUAUCAUAGUAUUUAAAUAAUCCUGCUUAAUCUCCCUUUAAACAGAGUAACCCUUCCAGAUUUUGUCCUAUUAUUGAGGUUGGCUGUAUUUUCUUCUAUUUUUUCCUGAUUUAUAGCAGUUAAUUAUUUCCGUGAUCAUUAUUCAAAAGCAUUUCCCUUGAGCUAAAAUUUAAUUGUUUAAUAAGCAGCUAUUAUUAAAAUAACAGCAUUGUUUUAUGAAUAUACACUAAUCUGAGAUACUGAAAAGCUUUACAACUAAAAGCAAAACAGAAAACGUACAUUAGCUAUCCAGCCAUCGUUUGGAUGUUUUGAGUUGAUUUUUUACGGUGUCUCAUUGGGUUUUUUAGCUUGGAAUAUUAUGUUUAUUUUAAUCCAAGUCUAGGCCUCUUAAGGGAACAUAAAAAUUAAAGGUCAGAAUGUCAGUCCCUUGACUGACACCUAGAAGAGGUUUAUAGGACCUUUUGGUUGUGAUUACUGUUUUCAAUAAGACUGUAUAAGAUGAAGUUCACUUUUAUCAGAAGUUAAAAUGGAGGUCGUAGGAAUUCAUGAGAAAUUGCUCUCCUGUUAUUUUCAUUACCUUGUUGAAAUUCACCCUAGUUUCUGGCCAUCAGAAUAUAUGAAAGGAGCCCUGUUCUUUUCUAACUGAAAUGAUUACUCUUCUGUCUCUAUGGUUGAUUAACUGAAGUCAUCACUGACACCUUCCCUCCUCCACUGGCCAAGAUCCUACUUUGAACCUCUCUUUAGAGCCGAGUGGAAUGAGUCACAUACACUGUUUCUGCUUAUGUUGAUGGAGGGGCUGUGGGGGAAUUAAAGAAAAUGCUCAUUGGAGACCUAUUCUUAUGGGAAUCUAGUAUAUAUCGCACCCCUGCUGGUUGAAAAUUACCUUCAUUUCUGGUUGAACUGCAUUGUUCAGAAAAAUGUUAAUGGCUUACAAUUCUGGGAAAUUUAUAGUAUGACUCUGGGGUUAAGAAUUCUAUGGUUUGGAAAAAAAUAAAUAUUUUGUAUUGAUUCUCACAUGUCAUUUUAAUGUUGUGACUGUGUACCAAAUGCAAUAAGACUGUGGAUAAUCUCUUAGAAGGGUGUGUUUUGUUAAACAGAUGGCAAUUUACUUGCUCUCAUUAGUCCUAUUUGUCAAUAUUACAGCCAUGCGCUUCAAGAGAAAUUAUUCAAAUGUGAAGUUGUGGGGAGCUAUGGCUAGAAACAGGAAUCCAUAUGAAUAAUUUGGAGGUCAAGUACAAGCAAAAGGCUUUUGCCACCCACCAGCACAGCCAGAGCAAGGAUGAAGCAAUGAAGUCUAGUCCCUGGUGGUGCUUGUUUGUCAGAAGUCAUGGUGAGCUCAGAACAGGGUGUUCUGUACAUCAAUUCUUUAUUAAUCCAAGAAAAACAAAAUGGUGGAUGACACUCUUAUUGACCUGGAAUACAAAGCCACUGACUUUGGCUCUUGACCUUUAACUCUUGGUGGAUUUUGAAUCACUCCUUUUGUAUUAGGGUGUGUGCUAUCACUCUAAAACAUUGUGGUUAAUGAAAUAAAUCUUGUACAGAUGUC